UCAAACGGAUUAACAACUGGCCUGCGAGCAGUGAUAACUGCAUGUGGCAUUCGUGUUAACAGGCCCUUUGAUGGUGUAAACACAAACAGAGAAGACGGAAACUCAACGGAGACACCCGGCAAGCGUAGUCAUGAUGUAAGUCAGAUGGGCCGUUGGGUUGUGACACAACAUUCAACAAAAUUGAGACCAGCACUCGGUCUACGCACCUCUCCAACAGAGACCGGUUUGCAGACCGGCCGGUUCGCCCAGAACGAGGCAUCCAAAGGCAUGAUCGAAUUUCAACUCCAACUCCUAAAUGACGGCGUGAGAGGAGGGAUUCGGGGCCUCAGGUUUCCAGUGAAUCUCGCCUGUAGCCUAACGUUUCUUCAAAUAAGACCAAGUGAUACGGUUUCUCGAAGAAUGUAA